UCCCGAGAACUACUUCCGGGGGUCAUUGCCGUGCAUCGUUUUUCCCUGAGCUGUUCUAUUUUCAGUUUCAACUUUUAUACAUAUUUGCUUGUUUACCAACACAAUGUCCCGAGGGUCGAGUGCAGGAUUUGACCGACAUAUUACCAUAUUCUCUCCAGAGGGCAGACUCUACCAAGUCGGUUAGUAUGGGAUCGUUAUGAAGACAAGAAAAAAUACUAACUUGCGCAGUCAUCACCGGUAGCAAACUAACAAUAUGCAUUCAAGGCUAUCAAUCAAGGUGGCCUUACCUCAUUAGCUAUCCGAGGACAAGACUGUGCAGUUGUCGUCACACAGAAGAAAGUUCCAGACAAGCUUCUUGAUGCCUCCACAGUCACACACCUAUUCAAAAUCACAGAAAACAUUGGCUGUGUCAUGUCCGGAAUGACGGCUGACAGCAAGUCUCAAGUCCAGAGAGCUCGCUACGAAGCAGCCAACUGGAAGUACAAGUAUGGCUAUGAGAUCCCAGUGGACAUGCUGUGUAAGAGGAUGGCUGACAUCUCUCAGGUGUACACACAGAAUGCUGAGAUGAGACCUCUGGGUUGCUGCAUGAUAGUGAUUGGUGUGGACGAGGAGUGUGGUCCCCAGGUGUAUAAGUGUGACCCUGCAGGAUACUACUGUGGCUUCAAGGCCACUGCUGCUGGGGUCAAACAGACAGAGGCCACCACCUUCCUGGAGAAAAAGGUCAAGAAGAAACUGGACUGGACCUUUGCGCAAACAAUCGAGACUGCGAUAACCUGUUUGUCUACGGUACUGUCCAUUGACUUCAAGCCCUCCGAGCUAGAGAUCGGUGUCAUUACAACGGAAGAUCCUAAAUUCAGGAUCCUGACAGAGACCGAGAUCGAUGUCCACCUUGUGUCCCUGUCAGAGCGAGAUUGAGUGUUUCCAUGUGUUCCAGUCUAGAGGGGAGACUACCCUAGAAAUAUGACAGAGAACACUACCACUGAUCUUCAGAACGAAAGCCCUGACUUCUUUUUUGCUGUACAUUUACGCUGUUCAAUUAAAGAGAAUGUUUUCGAGAAACUCAAA